UUGUAUACAUGGCAUAUUUUAUAAUUUGUUUAAUUUUGCUGUGAAACAUGAAGUAAUUCAUUAUAUUUUGCAUAAAUAAACAUGGCAUUUGUUAGCGCUGUUACCGGCGAUGACUCCACGAGGAAAUUCAUGGAUGUCCUCCAAAACGACUUUAAAACCCUGAGUUUGGAAACCAAGAAAAAACAUCCUCAGAUAAGGGAGGCAUGUGAUGAAGCAAUAGAAAAAUUGUCAUUAGCAGCUAAUAAUCCACAGGCUUCUCUAUAUGGCGUUGUUAAUCAGAUUUUAUAUCCCCUAGUGCAAGGAUGUGAGUCAAAGGAUGUAAAAAUCAUUAAGUUUUGCUUAGGCACCAUCCAGCGGCUUAUAGCUCAACAAGGCAUAGAUGCAAAGGGCGCUCGGCAUAUAGUAGACUGUUUAUUCAACUUGGGUCAAGCUAAUAUGCUUGAACUUAAGUUAUUACAAACCGCAGCUUUGUUAAUGACCACAUCUGAUCUUGUACAUGGCGAUACUUUGGCUAGGACAAUGGUGCUAUGCAUGCGUAUGGUGGCGACAAGUGAAACUCGCGAUGUAAGCACUAGUCAUGCUGCGGCUGCAACUGUUAGGCAACUUGUUGCUUUGGUGUUCGAGAGGGCUCUGGCUGAGGCAGAGGGUACACUGAAAGUGAAUCCAGCUGAUGUUCGAAUUCAGACGAACCAAAAAGCGCCGAAGGAAUUGAAACCCUGUGCUGUAGAUGCUUAUCUAAUUUUACAGGAUAUAAUUCAAUUAAUAAACGGUGAUGCUGCACACUGGUUAGUUGGCAUCUCAGACGUACCCAAAACAUUUGGCUUAGAGCUGUUGGACACUGUACUCACUGAUUUCUCAGCUAUUUUCUUUAAGAUAUCAGAAUUUAGAUUCUUGCUGAAAGAACAUGUGUGUGCAUUGAUCAUAAGGCUCUUCUCGCCUAAUGUUAAGUACAGGGCAGCAUUCACCGCCCCCCACAUCCCCGGGGGCGCGGUGGGGGGGAGCCCGCCCGCGCCCGACCGUCCCCACUUCCCCGUCACCAUGCGCCUGCUGCGGCUCGUGUCUAUCAUACUGCACAAGUAUCACGAUUUGUUGGUGACAGAGUGUGAAAUAUUCUUAUCACUGACUAUAAAGUUUCUGGAUCCCGACAAACCGUUAUGGCAGCGGGCACUCGCGCUGGAAGUUUUGCAUAAAAUGACUAUUCAACCUGAUCUUUUGAAGUCAUUCUGCGAAUGUUACGACAUGAGGCCGCACGCAACUAACAUAUUCCAAGACAUAGUGAACGCGCUGGGUGCAUAUGUGCAAAGUCUUUUUGUAGCCGCCAAUGUUAAUACGCAACCUGGUUCAACCGCAGUCCCUCAACAAGCUGGUUUCUAUUGGAAGGGGGUGUGGCUUCCGUUGUGUGUCACCUUCGAGCCGGGAACUGCGAAAUCUGUCUAUAUAGAAAUGCUGGAUCGCACAGAAGCGCCGACCAUACAAGAGGGUUACGGUAUUUCUGUCGCGUACGCGUGCCUCAUUGAGAUCAUACGAUCCAUUGCUAUAAGCGUGGAGGGGGAUGAUUAUUAUAGAUUGCAAGAACUGUACGACGAUACGCAAAAUGACAACGACGAAAAGGAAGUUAACGCUAACACCAAAACUAUCACUGAUAAAGAAUCAGACCAAAACAAGACAACAAGUGAAGACAUAACUAACAACGGUCACGAUGUUAAAGCCGAUCAGAAUUCAAAUCUUGUUAAGAAAAUAGACAAUGAGGCAGAAGAGAAAGAGAGACAGCUCAGUUUGCAGUUAAUAAAGUCAUCCUGGUGCGGUCUAGUGUGGGGUUUGUCCGUACUCGCUGAAGCGAGUAUUGGUGAACUAGAAAAUAUUCUGCGUGCCAUACAGACUCUUGCUAGAGUCAGUGGGAAGGUGGGCGUGACGAACGCGCGUGACGCGUGCGUAGGCGCACUAUGCCGGUGUGCGCUGCCCGCGCAGUACUGCGUGCCCGUGCUGGGUGCGCUGGCUGCGCUGGCCUGCCCCUGGCCCGCUGCCCGGGCCCCCGCCCCGCCUGCAGACCUGCGGCAUCAUGUCGUGUGGGUCGGCACGCCGCUGCCGUGUGCGCAGCCACCAGGUCAACAGCAAUCGUUCGUGAUGGUGACGUCACGUCACGUGACAGCCAUGCGUGCGUUAUUAGCCGCGGCCCGCCGUGACGGGGACACGCUGCAGCAGGCCUGGCUGCCCGUGCUCACUACACUACAGCAUUUGGUGUGGAUCUUAGGAUUAAAGCCAUCUACAGGCGGCAGCAUGAAGGCAAGUCGAGCGAGUGCUGAUGCCAACGCUGUGAUGAGCACCUCUGCGGUCAUGGCUGAUCUACCUGCAUUAUCAGCUAUGCUGUCCAGGGUAUUUGAGGCUUCGAAAAAUUUGGAUGAUGUAGCACUCCAUCAUUUGAUUGACGCGUUGUGCAAAUUGUCCAACGAGGCUAUGGAACUAGCGUACUCUAACAGGGAACCUUCGCUGUUCGCAGUUGCGAAGCUUUUAGAAACCGGCUUAGCCAAUAUGCACAGGAUUGAAGUCAUGUGGCGGCCGAUCACCAACCAUCUCCUUGAAGUAUGUCAACACCCGCAUAUACGUAUGAGGGAGUGGGGAGUUGAAGCCAUCACGUAUUUAGUUCAGGCCGCCUUCACGUAUCAUCACAAUAAUCCAGCUUUGGUUACUGAGGCCCGGGAACGUCUAAUCCUAGAGCCACUAGCAGAACUAUGCAGCGUGCGGCACUGUGACGUUCGUGCAAGACAACUGGAAUGUGCUGCUCGGCUGCUGCACUCACGGGGGGAGCAGCUCGGUGCUGCCUGGCCGCUGAUGAUGGAGAUCAUCUCCGCUAUCUGCGACCAGCACAGCGAGCAGCUGGUCCGCUCCGCGUUCCAAUGCGCACAGCUGGUGGCGGGCGACCUGCUCGGCUGCGCAGGACCACGCUGCCUGCGUCGUGUGCUCGCUGCUGCAGCCGCGUUCGCCAGGCAGACCAAGGAGCUGAACAUUAGUCUAACUGCUGUUGGGCUUAUGUGGAACAUAUCAGACUAUCUCUACCACAACCGGGACAAAUUAUCCGUGGCACUCGCUAACGAAGCGGCCGCUUGUCCCGAGAGCAGUCCCGACUUACCGCCCCUGGACAGACUGUGGAUGUGUCUGUAUGUGCGGUUGAGUGAGCUGUGCACAGAACCACGAGCGCCAGUACGUCGAGCAGCGAGCCAGACGCUGUUCAGCUGCAUCGGCGCGCACGGCACGCUGCUCAGCCGGCCUGCUUGGCGCGCGCUGCUCAACGUGCUGUUCCCCAUGCUGCAGCAGGUUCAAAAACAAUCGAAUAUUGCCAGCUCAGAGAAGGUGGACACCGGGGAGCAUAUUCUCAUACACCAUACCAGGAACACGGCGCAAAAGCAAUGGGCUGAGACACAGGUGCUAACAUUAUCGGGUGUAUCACGGGUCUUCCAUUCCCGUUUCGCGUUAUUAACCACGGUGGGGGAUUUCCCGCGGUCGUGGACAGCUUUAUUGGACUUCAUCGUGGACUUUGCACUUAGGAGGAGUCAUGAGGUGUCGGUAGCGGCGUUGAAGUCGUUCCAAGAGGUGGUGUCGGCAGCGGGGCGGGCGGAGGGCGAAGCGCCGGGGGCUCCGGGGGGUGGGGGAGGUGCUCGUGUGUGGCCCGCUGCUUGGGCUGCUUGGCGGAGUAUAGCCUCACGCCUGCCCGCCGAUACAUACACGCCUGUGUCUGAAGACGGCAAACCUCCGGAAACGUAUUCCCCGUCACUAAGCUUCCUCACGACGCUGGUGCAAAUAUUCCCGCUCAUAUUCCAACAUAUUAGACCCACGUUUACGCCAAAAGAUGUGGAAGCACUGGGCGAGUGUCUAUGCAAGGUGUGCAGCGUGGAGCCCUCGGCCUCCACCCUCGACGGGCUCGGGGGCGGAGCACCUGCCAGCUUGCACGCGUUGCACUGCCUCGACACUGUACAUAAGGAGGCACUGAUCCGCCACGAGCUGUUGCCAGCGAUGUUCUCAGCGCUGACGUCACUCGCUGAGGUGGUCAGUUCUCAGCCAGCAGCCAGUGCACGCUGUCUCUCAGCGGCCGCGGCGCUGUACAGAGCUGCGCCGGCGCCUAGUGCGCAUAUAUUGCCGCAUUUGUUGCAAUCUUUGCAUUCAGCGGUGAAGAAAGGUGGUCCAGAAAAGCGCAGACGAAGCAACGAGCGUGAGAGAGAGCAACCAGAUGAAAAUACACAGAUCUCUACAUUAUUACUGCAGGUAUUGGCGACAGGAUUGCCAUUGGCCAGAGAGAAUCCGGAUGAAUACAAAGAGUUUUGGGACGUCCUGCCUGAUGUACUGGAGACAUUUAUGUUUGAACCUUCGGUGGGGGGUGGUCGCAGCGCCCGCGACGUGGUGGGCGUGGUGCGUGGCCAGCUGCUCGGAGCAGCGCCCCGCGCGCCGCGCAAGGCCGCUGCUCACGCGCUGCUGCUCGUGCGCCGCGGGGCUGCUGCGCUGCACGACGCGACUGCUCGACCCAAAAAUGAACAAGACCUCCGUGAGCGUGAAGAAUUCGCGCGCGCGUGCUUUGAGACUCUGCUGCAGUUCUCCAUGCUCGAAGAUGCCGAUUCUAUCACCGGCAAUGAAGAAGAUGCUGACCCACUGGCUAUAAUGCCGUUAUUGGACCGGUUUCAAGAGGUCAUAUCGAAAUACAGCAGUGACGAUGAAAACGCAGAGACAUUAACUAGGCAACAAGUGUCAGAGAUCUCGUUCGUGCUAAAAGCAGUAGCAACACUAACAGAAGCUAUGAAACGCGCGCCGCCCGGUAAAGUGGACACCGCCGCGUGGCAUAAGUUGAUUGGUCUGUACCCGUGGGUGGUGUCGCUGGCGGCGGGCAGGGGUUGUGGGGGCUGCGGGGGUGCGGGGGGCUGUGGCGCGGCGCUGCGCGAGGCGCUGCUGCAGUUCGGCGCCCUGCUGGCGCCCCCGCCCGCGCCCUAGCGCCGGCUCUACACCAUACACAUCUAGAGCACGCGCCUGUGAGCCGCUAGCUCGCUGCAGCCCGUCGUCAGCCAACGCCCUACCCCCUCCCCAUAUAGAUAGUUAUACACACACACACACACACAGACUCGUAGAUGAUUCACUCUUGCGUACUAAUAUAGUACAGUGCAGAUGUGUGAGUGACUAGUGCACUUGCUCACAUACUUACGAACAUAUUAUACACAUACUUACGAACGUACUAUGAAGUUAGUUAGAACUAAUCAAAGUGAUCAUUCCAUACACGUAAUAUUUAGUUACAGUUUAGUUUUGUUUAAAUUUUUUCUCAUUCAACAACAUUCCAUUAUUCCAAUCCUAUAUUUUGUAAAAUAGAAGUACAAUUUAAUUAAAUAAAUACUUUAUUUACACCAUCAUUACACAACACUUACACUUUCCCCUUUUUAUCUUAUAGUGCUAGUCCCCAAAAAUAGAACAAUCUAGAACAAAUAUCCCCCCCCCUGUGUUCAUUUAGUGAUUUUUGUGUUUUUUUUAGUGUAUUUAGUGUUCCUAGUGCAUUUAAAGUGUGGCUGGCGAUGAACAAGCUUAUAGCAUAGUGCGAUAGAACCUUAGUAACGUGGGGACCUUGAGUGCGCGCUUGUGACCUCGGCUCAGUGCUUUGAGAACCAUUAGUUAUUAAUAUAAUAGACUAGCGGUCCGCCCCGGCUUCGCCCGUGGUACAUAUUCACGUUUUCUCUACAUAAGAACCAUCUUUGAACUUCAAGGAAUAUUAUAAAAAAAGAAUUAACGAAAUCGGUUAAGCCGUUCUCAAGUUAUGCGCUUACCAACACAUUUUGGGAUUCAUUUUUAUAUAUAAGAAGAUAUUAGAUAUAGUUAGAUAGUGGUUGGCUUGAAAAUCGAAAUAAUUACAGUAAAAUUACUGCAUUUGUAAAGAACUAUAAGAUAUAUAAUUCCAUGGAAUAUUCUUUAACAGUCAGUUUCAAGAAACACUGUGAGCUGAGAUUUAAGAUAUCCUUGUCACAAGGACAACGAAGACUUGUAUUUAAUCUAUAAAAACUAUGUUUGGCAAAAUAGCUAUUAUGUCUAUUACGUUAAGGCUCUAUUUUCUCAAUGAUCUUUCCAAAGUUUAGGUAACUUUAUUUCGACUUUCAAGCCUUAUUAUUAUUAAGCAAUAUAAAUAUAUUAAAAUAAUUAAAUUAUUAACUGUAUUCCACUUUAACACUUAUGUAUAGCCAUACUUAGUUAUAAGUCAUUUUAUAAAUAAGAACGUUCAAUAUUUAUGUUUGUAUAUACAGUAUAUUUAUUGAAUUGUAUGAAAUAUCGAGCUGGAAUCUCGAUGAUUUCUUAUUGUGUACUAGCUGUCCGCGCGCGGCUUCGCCCGCUUUGUUUAAAACCUAAAUUAUAUACUAAUACCUUCCUCUUCAAUCACUCUAUAUUUUAAAAAAAACCGCAUCAAGAUCCGUUGCUUAGUUUUAAGGAUUAAAGCAUACAAAGGGACAUAGGGACAGAGAAAGCGACUUUGUUUUAUACUAUGUAGUGAUUCCAAAGAAACAUCACAUUUGUACAAUUUCUAUAUUGGCUAUGACAUCUUACGCUGAGCUUUUGGCUUAAAGAACGUACGGGUAAAUCAAAUUUAUGUAAAUUUGUCCGUAUUUAGCUAAGUACUUUGAAAAAUGUGUUUGCUAUUAGUGCUGAUUUACACAGGGUCAGUAGACAAGUUAGUUGCGGCGCCGAAUUUCGGCGCCGCGACUGACUUUAACUGUUUACAUAGACUUC